AAGCGGAACCCUCGGUCCAUCUCCACCACCAUAUUUACACGAAUGCGUCCACUCCUGGUUGCUCGUGCUGAUGGUCUCCAAAUAUGUCGACGACUUGACGAUACUGUUGGAAGAAGCCGAUCCAGUCAAACCCGUCGAUUUGUCUCCGAAGAAAAGAAUUUCCUUCCCACUGGGCGUUUUUGUCCGUACGAAGCUUCUCGCCGCCCUUUCACGAUUGAAUCGCGAGUGUUUGUGACCUCCACCAGAACCGGAGGGUGGGUGCUGUCGCCGCUCCACUGUGCUAUCCCUCAGCCAAGCUCACGCCCCUGAUCGGUACUCCAUCUCUUCAAGAUGCCUCUGGGGAUCCUCGAAGCAAAGGGGAUCGAGCAUGUUCCUGGCACAACCCAAUACUUUGACGAUCCGUCCCGACCUCAGGUAGCUGGUGAGCAUCAUGGAGACCUCAAGCGCGUACAAGUUGGGACCGAAACCAUUAUCCUCAUCCCUCAGCCUUCAGAUGACCCAAACGAUCCGUUGAACUGGUCACUUUUGCGACGCGACCUGAUUACCUUUCUGCUCUGUUUCGCGGGUAUUCUCGCUACCGCACUCGGUCCUAUCCUCGCUGCCAAUACGAUCACAAUAUCUCUACUCUUCUCGAAGGAUUUCACAAAGGUUGCCCUAUUGACUGGAUAUUUCUUACUGGGAUGCGGCGCUGGUGCUAUUUUCUUCGUUCCGUCCGGCCGUAUCUGGGGAAAGCGACACUUGUUCCUCAUAGGUAUCCUCAUUCUUAUCGCCUCCAGCGCGUGGGCUGGGUCUGUAGGAACUAAUUAUGGAAGUUUUAUUGGAGCCAGAGUUGUUCAAGGCGUUGGUUGCGCACCCUACGAGAGCUUGCUCAAUGCAGCUGUGGGUGACCUCUACUUUGUCCACCAGCGAGGAGUGAGAAUGGCCUUUACGAACCUGGCGGUCUUCGGUGGUGCCUUCUUCACACCCAUCUUGGUGGGCAAAAUCACUGAUUCCAUGGGAUGGAAGUGGACGUUCUACUUUGUUGCCAUCUUUCUUGCUGCUACACUCCCGGCCAUUUUCUUCUUCUGCCCCGAAACGGCAUAUCGUCGAGAAGCCAGUCUGAACACUGACACGACCGGUGAGCUAGGAAUAGAACUGACUACUAAGGAUAAACGUCAAACGCCGUCACCGCAGGCAGAGUCCGGAUCUUCUCAUUCUCCGGAACUUGUCCAGCACUCUGCUGGUUUUACCUUCUUGCCUAAGUCCAAUGCUCUUCAACCAAUCGGCCAUUCUAAUACACCUAAGAAGACCUUUCUUCAGUCGAUCUCUCUCUUUGAUGGCCGGAAGACGGACGAGCGAUAUUGGGUCCUUUUGCUGCGACCGUUCCCCCUCCUCACUCAUCCAGCAUUUAUCUGGGGCUGCCUGAUCCAGGGAGCCAUGAUCGGCUGGACAGUAUUUAUCGGAGUCAUUGUCGCCGCCAUUUUCAUAGGGUCUCCCUAUUACUGGGAUGAAGUUGAUGCCGGCUACACUUAUACGGGCCCUUUCAUCGGUGCCGUCCUUGGGUUUGUCCUGGCAGGUCUGCUCGCUGACACAAGCGUCAAGUACAUGACCAAGCUCAACAAAGGCAUAUACGAACCAGAGUUUCGCAUUCUUCUUGUGAUCCCCAUGAUGAUUAUCGGAGGGAUCGGACUCUAUGGGUUCGCCUUAACGGCACCUGGUGUGGUAAAAAAGGAAUACUCAUAUGUCGUACCUCUGAUGUUUUUCGGAUUUGAAGUCGCAGGGAUGGUCAUUGGGGCCGUGGCCAGCUCACUUUACAUUGUUGAUGCCUAUCGGGAUUUGACCAUUGAGGGCUUCACCAUCAUGAUCAUAUUCAAGAACUUUUUCAGCUUCAUCUUGACUUUCUUUGCCUACGAUUGGAUUAAUCAGGGUGGUAUCGAACGAACAAUGCUGGCCAUCUCCUCAAUUCAAGUGGUGGUGUGCCUUAUCAGCAUCCCUAUGUAUAUCUACGGUAAGCGGGUGCGAGCAUUCUACUAUCGCCAUGAUUUGCUCGAUAUGACUGGUCUUCGCUAGCUGUUCGAACAAUUUCGAGGAAUUAAGAUGGUUGAUAUAUCAUGAGUUGGAUAAAAGCAACAGAUGCGUUUCUAGAGCACCCAGGGUUGGGUUAUUUUUAAUGUUUACUUCCUGAUAGACUUCAUAGGGGAGUAUGACACGAUUCCUGGAUAUCAUUAUUAGAUCAUAGCCAUGAGAGUUCGGCGAUAUUGUCUUAAUUAAAGCAUGGCACAUCAAUUCGUUACAUGAUGGCUAUCCUGGUACCUGAAGGCGAAAAAAUCAUAACGUCGCAUGGGUCAUGCAUAUCCUGACCAAGAACAUUUAACCUGUCCCACUACCUGUCGAUUCAUAUUCACUCACGCCUUGACUGCUUCGGCCUGAGAUGCGCCAGCAGCUGCAAGCGUCGACUUCUUGACAAGACGCAGACCGCCGAGCAGAAUAAAGGCAGCCUGGACACCCAAAAUGACAACGAGAGUAACAAGGGCACCAAUGACGCCAGCAACUGGCUUCGAGACACCGUUGCCAGAGCCGCCAGAGCUUGAUUGAGAUGAAGUAGAGUCAUCAUCCGAGCUACUAGCGCAGGUGCCAUCGUUGUUUCCGCAAAGCUUGCACCAGUGCUUGGUGUCCUCAAUGGCGAAAUCAGACAUGCCAGUCUUGAAGUCCUUCCAAGAGAUGGUGGUCUCAUCCUUACCGAAGAGAGGGAACAACUUCGGGGUGUGUUGAGCAGCAGUGCCGUUGGCAAAGUAGAAGCGGACACUGACGUCGUCGGCAGUAGGGUUUGUGGCGUUGGUUACGAGCUCAAAGGCCAUAGAUGAGGCGUAGUCGACGACUCCCUUGAAGUCGGAGCUGACCUUGUCGAGACCAGCAAGACCGAAGAAAGACAUGAAAGCAGCAUAGGCACCGAACUGGAUGUUGACCUUGGGUCCCUUCUUACCCUCUGCAAGGGGCUCAAGAGCCUCAAUGAUCUGGCCAGCAAGCACCGAGCCCGCAAUGGCACGGACGGGUUCGCUGCUGUUGUAGGCGAGGUUCCACUCAUGGAUGGAAGCGAGAUAAUAUAGCUUUUCCAGGGUGGACUCAUCGAGCAGAUCAUCGGAAGGGAUGCUAGAAUUGUGAAUACGAGCAACAUUGAUGAGAUCAAAGACUUUGCGAGUUAGUAGAGGGUCUAUGUGCUUGAGAUUGAUCCCUAAACUUACUGGUAUAGGCAUUCUGGAAGUUGGCCUCAUCUUUGCCGUAGGUUCCAUUGAUGACAGGCAGAAGGCCCUGAUAAAAGCUUUCAGAGUCCUUGUAUGCUCCAGCGUACUCGGGGGAGGAGAAGUAAUCAUUUGAGCUAGCCUCCGCGUUGGUGCAACCACUGUUCCCCUGGAGCCAAGCACUGUUCUCAGAGUUCUUGUCGCUGGCUGCAGUCUCUACUGAAGCAAUGGGAAUGUAUUGAUAUCCACUCAAAGGAGCCUCAACCCUGGAUCCAUUGGCAAGGGUCUCAAACUGCUUCGUAGGAGGGUAAAGCCCCUGCAUGAAUACAAGAGCAGAGUUCUGAAGCACAGCAUCGACGGGAGAAGUGACAUCUAGCUGAGACAAGACGGCUGACUCGGGGCUGAGGCCAGUGAUCUUUCGUGAAGCAUCCUUGCUCACAUAAGUAUCGCGGUACCAAGAACCGGAAGAGUAAACCUCGUCGGCUCCGAGAGCUGUGAAGUUUACGGGCUUCCAGGCCUUGGCAGUGCGAUCACCGUGACGGUGGAAGACGUAAAGGCCAAGGACAUCUUCAGCUGCAGUCAAGGAGGGGAGGGCAGAUAGCACGAGGAGGGAGAGGGGCUUGGCGUGCAUCUUGGUUAGGUGGGACACUGAAUGAAGCUAUACACACUUACUCGUUGCCACUGUUGACGACGAAGGGGAAAGGAAGAGAAGACAAAUGGUCAAGAGAGAACGAGAAGAGAAGGAAAUAUAUAGUUCUCAUCAUCAUUACCUAUUACAAGAAGAUAGCGUACGUUGUUAUGAGAGUCAAAAGAUAUGGUAUCGUAGGUAAUUCCCCGCCCUGUUCGGCUCUG